AUGGCUCUUGUGAACCCUUCAGCCUUGCCCGAUGUUUCUCGUAGCAUCCCUAGUUCAAGGCAUUUCAGUUGGACAACCGGCUUUCCGUUUAUAUCACGAUUUGAUUCCCACGACAGCCUCCGCAGAUUAUAUGACCUUCACUUGCCCUCGAGAUUGGAAGAACUUCGUCUUGAAGAUAUCAAUACCUUUACAACCUUGAAUUGUACCACCCAGCACGCGAGUUCCGAAAGAGCAACUACCACGCGCGCGAGACCUUCUUGUCCGCAGAUACAAGUCGAAACUAUUCAAGAGGUCCCCUCCAGCGAAUCUUUCGCUGAGAAUGCCAAGCUUCGGAGGCCCUUCUCAAGGUGGAUGAAAUCAUUGCAUCGCCGAGUGAGUCAAAGAGACUACGGAAAUGUUUGGUCCCCAGAUACUGGAUGGGAAAAUCUCGAGUGCAGUGGAACUCAUCAGCGAUCAGUUCGCCGCAGACUCAGUCGCCGGCUCUCGUCUUCUGGGUCUUCGCUGGGUUUCAUCGAAGCAGUCCAAAGUGCAAGUAUAAGCAUUGCUAGUGCCAGUGCCAUCUCGCGCUCGCACCGGCAUCAUCGCCUUUCAAAUUGCCGGUCGCGGACUGAGCGAAGCAGUCGAGCUUCUCUGUCUGCCCCGAGGUUUUCCGAGGACAGUAUUCCGUUCGAAAAGGUCAGCAUUGAUAUUGCUGCCGUCCAGCGUUCUCUUCGGCGCCGGCAGAUUAUCGAGGAGCUCAUCAGUACAGAGGAGAGCUACAUUGGUGACAUUCGUUUCCUUAUUCAUACCUACAUCAACCUCCUCGCUGCUCUCCCAACUUUACCUGAGCGGCUACGCUCGUCUAUCAACCAUAAUCUUGAUCAAAUCCUUCAACUCCAUGAAGAAAUAAUCGGCGAACUACAUAGGGUAAUUCCGGACUCUGAGUACAGCCAAGCUGAUCAUCUUAUCGCAUCCUCCUCGAAAUCAAACAAUCCCAAAACUGGACACCGCCGAUGGUCAAGUUUAGAUAUGGUCUCAGGGGAUCAAGGCAGCCUCCAGUUGCUAGAAAAGGAGCCUGGUGUAUUGUCUGAGCCUCAGGUAGCAGCAGAUGCGGCCAAGAUUUUCAGUAAGAGGAUGCAUCGGUUCUUCAUAUAUCAGGAAUAUGGUGCAAAGUAUGAGAUGAUGAUCAAAGACGCCACUUCAGCUCUAGAAAAUCUCCCCGAAUGGGAGUUACAUCAGAAAGGGCUUGAGGCUUUCGCGUUCACCAUGGAGCCAUCACCAUCGUCCGAUAGCAGAAAGGCUCUGACCAUAGGUGAUCUUCUUGUUAAGCCUAUUCAAAGAAUUUGCAAAUACCCCCUUUUGUUUGCAGAGCUACUAAGGUGCACCCCAGUCAUCGACUGUCCAAACUCUCACAUGGAAGUUGAAACUACACUAAUGAGGCUCCGAGAGGCCACAGCUGAGAUAAAUCGCUCAACUGAGGAUGAUUUGAUGAAAGGCAUACUUGAAAAGACCUGGCUAUUGCAGGAUCGUAUCGUGUUUCCAAACAGGAGACUCGAUGCGCAUUCGAAAAAUCAGGUUCGUUCGUUUGGUCACAUUCAGUUAUGUGGAGUCUUGCAUGUAUGCUGGCAAUCGCCGGCCGGCGUUGACGGUCAGUACAUGAUCUGCUUACUCUAUAAAGACGUCCUCUGUCUGGCCUCUGGGGGAAAGUUUGAUCCUAUCUACACGAUUAUGGCCUGUAUCGAUGUACAUUGUUCAGCGGUUGAAGAUGCUGACAAUGGGCGCGGCUUGCAAUGCCACCUAGCUCCCUUCUCUUGGAAGCUUGUUUUCGAGAGCGACCAUCAACUUUACGAGGUGGUAAUGACGGCAUGUACGUCAAGAGAGGAGAACGAAUGGCGAACCCGGUUGCAGCAACCACUGUGUCUAGAGCCAGUUGGUAGAUCUCCUGGUCUGCAAAUAUUUCUCUCUCUUGACAUCCAAAGUCUAGGCACUGUGUUUGGACGGCCUGGAAGUAUCGCGAGGAGUCUGUCGACGCAUCAGGCAUCUGUGGGAAGCCCGGAGUCAUCCCUGUGCCAUGUCAUUCUCAAGAAUACAAGUACCAUGAAAUCUAGCAGUGGUAUUGGCUCUGGAGCUGGCCUCCAUCGUUCACAGUCUUUGUUAUCAACAAAAGUCAGAACGCCAGUCCUGGUUCCAUCUCGUAGUGAAAGAGCGCGGCUGGAGGUGCUUCUCUCAGACGUCUGGAGUCAAGAUGUUCUUCCCCUUCCUAGCAUGACGAACAUUGCACGGAAUGAGCAGAUGAUCAGGAGAACGAUCGAGGACCCAUCGAGUGAAGACCAGAUCCGCCAGACAAGUUUUUCAAGUGAUAGUGGUUUUGACAUCUUUGACAAGGCUGGUCGUGAGGAGAGCUCACACUCGUACACAAGUAAAGGCUCAGCGCUCCCAGAGACUCGAGAGCUAAGUGAGGAGGAUGAUCAUGUAUCGGACAUGUCUCCGAGGCUGGAGCUCACUCAGAUAUCUGAACUCGAACCUCUCAAUUUGAUUGAGAUUAUGUCAGACAAGCAGCUGCAAAGCGAGGCAGAAAACACACCCGCUCUACAAGACUGUAUGACAAACAGGCUCCAGAUCAAUUCUCCACAAAAUGGUUCUAGAACAGCAACGCACUCUGUUGCGAAGGAGAACCUGUCUCGCUUGGCUAAUGCCACCGCCGUGCAGAGCACAGAUGUUCUAUGGGGGAAAGAGAAAGGCUCAAAAAACGAAAAGAAGUGCACUGGCAUUCGCAGAUUCUUUCGGUGA